AUGGCGGGGAGGAAAACGCUGGUGCUGCUGGCCGCGGGCCGCCUGAGAUGCGAGAAAUCGCGAAGCCACCAGAGACGGCGCCCGCUCAUAUUUGAUGGUUAUGUGAUGUUCAAUGAUUGCCAUGGAUUGAUCACUGAUGGUGUUAGAAUAUGGAGAUGGAAUAGGGGUUCGGAGAGAAGAAAUGAAAUAGCAGAUUUAACUUCCCAGUUGCCAGGGGGAGAAAUGCCUUCAUGGUUGAUUGACUGCAAAAGAAUGGCUUCAAAAAUUAAAAAUGCUUCUGGACCUACACACCAUACCACACAUACCUGGCAGAGCAACCCGACUAAGGAAUGCCCAAAAUGCAACUACAUUAUCGACAACAGUGAUGUUGUUCAUGAGUGGCCUGGUUUGCCAAAAGGCGUGAAAUUUGAUCCAUCGGACCAGGAAUUGCUGUGGCAUUGGCUAGUGAAAAUUGGGAAAUUGGGUGUCAAACCUCAUCCAUUUAUCGAUGAGUUUAUUCCCACUAUUGAUUCAAAUGAAGGCUUAUGCUGUACUCAUCCGCAGAAACUCUCAGGUGUUAAGCAGGAUGGAAGUGUAUCACACUUCUUCCACAGAAUAUUUAAGGCCUACACCAAUGGGACUAAGAAGCGUCAUAAGAUAAAUACCGAUGAGCUUGGUGAGGUUCGUUGGAACAAGACUGGCAGGACGAAAGCAGUAGUAAUAGGUGGAACACACCUUGGUUGCAAGAAAAUAAUGGUUAUGUAUGCGAGCAAUGUAAAGGGUGGGAAGCAAGAAAAGACUAAUUGGGUGAUGCACCAAUACAACGUUGGCACUGGGGAAGAUGAGAAGGACAGUGAAUUUGUUGUCUCUAAAUUAUUCUAUCAGCAGCAACCUAAGGCCAGGGAGAAGAUUUCAGAGGGCAUGGGUGAUCAUAUGGAACCUGUAGGAUAA